AUGGAAACUCUUAAUGGAGAGGAACUCUGUUUUCCACAACUCAACAACUCUUGCAAGAAGCAAGUGAAGCAUCAUGUUGAGAAUACUUUACUUUACAUUCUGCUGUCAUGUAUUUCUUUAAUAACUGUGACCUUCAACCUGCUGGUCAUCAUUGCAGUCUCCUAUUUCAGGAAGCUCCAAACCCCCACCAACCUGCUCCUCCUCUCACUGGCUGUCUCAGACUUUCUUGUUGGACUCCUUUUGAUGCCGAUUCAAGUCACAGAGAUUGGAGGCUGCUGGCUUUUAGGAAGCUUUGGCUGUGGAAUGUUUAAUUAUACUGCAUAUAUCAUUACAUCUGCUUCUGUAGGAAACAUGGUGCUAAUAUCAGUGGACCGAUACGUGGCCAUCUGUCAGCCUUUGUCUUAUCCCAUGAAAGUCACUAGAAGAAGGGUUCAAGUCUGCAUUUGUCUGUGUUGGGGAUCCUCUGUGUUCUAUAAUGGUAUAAUACUAAAGGAUAACAUAGAAUACCCAGACAAACAUAACUCCUGCUACGGAGAAUGCGUUUUUUUCAUUGAACUUUUACCAGGGGCCCUUGAUGUUAUAUUAACAUUUAUUGCUCCUAUAACAGUUAUCAUAGUUCUUUAUAUAAGAGUGUUUGUUGUCGCUGUGUCACAAGCUCGGGCCAUGAGGUCUCAUAUUACAGCUUUUACCACACAAGGUUUAGUUCGUUUAACUGCUAAGAAGUCUGAGAGAAAAGCAGCCACAGCUCUUGGUGUGGUUGUGAUUGUGUUUCUGCUUUGUUUCUGUCCUUUUUUUUGCCACUCUCUUUUGGGUGAAAACAUAGAACAUGACGAAAUUGUUUUUGGAAUAUGGCUGCAUUCCUUCAGCUCUAGUAUAAAUCCAAUAAUAUAUUCUCUAUUUUACCCCUGGUUUAGGAAUUCUGUCAAACUCAUUUUAACUCUUCAAAUACUGCUCCCUAACUCAAGUUAUAUAAACCCGAUGGAUAAAAACAUUUAG